AUGAAGUUCCUUAACGUUCUCCCCGCCAUCGGCGCCCUCGUGCUCGGCGCACUCAGCGUCGUCGCCCAGGAUGCCGCGGUCAUCAUAACCGGGAUCACGCAGGUCACCGACGCGUCGAGCAACCUCAAGACCAUCGUCGACAAAGUCACCAUCGCCAACGCCCCCUCCCAGGCUGCCAAAAUCGCGCCCGGGCUGCUCACCAUCGGGAACACCUGCAGGGAGCUCACCAAGGCGAUUACCGUCCCCGACCCGAAGCCGUUCGGCGACGAUGUCGCGGGCGACAUCGUCGACGUCCUGGUCACGUUUGUCGAGGUCCACCAGGCUCUGCUCAACGCCAUCAUCGGCAAGCAUGGCAUUAUCGCCAACAUCCCCUUCGUCGGGCCGGACAUUGCCGCUGCCCUGCGCGGCCUCGAGGCCAUCGUCGAUGCGCUCGCCUUCGCCAUCAUCGGCCUCAUACCCACCCGGCAGAACCCGGCCAUGGCGCAAAUCGCCAGCUUGGACAAGACUUUCGCAGACGUGAUUCGCGUCUACAGCUCGUAA